AUGAGCGCGCGCACGACGGAGGUGAAGGCGGCCGAAGCUCGGCUCGCGCAGCACCGCGACGAUGCAGUGCACGCCAAGGCGCAGCUGGCGGAGUCGCUCGACGCGCUCAAGGCAGCGCAGAGCCGACUGCUGGUGAAGCGCUUGGAUGAGACCAUCGUCGAGCAGCGCAACGUGGAGCAGGAGGCCCUCACGUACUCGAAGAACGUCAACUCGCUGUACCAGCGCGCGGCCAAGUGGAAGGCGGAGCAAAAGCGCUUCCGGUCGGGCUUGGACGGACUGGAUCGGUUCGCCGAGUGGGCUGCUGCCACGGAGAGUGACCUGCACGCCAUCGCUGGCAACUUAGAGUACGUGUCUUCAGUGCUGGAGAAGGAGCACGACGAAGCCCCCAACGGCGGAUACGCGCGCGCCCAGGAGUCUGCGUGA